AUGGAGCCACAAAUAACUGGCGGUGGUGUUGGUGAGUAUAUACCCCCAGACGAAAUACUGGAUCGUGUUACCAGCUUAUUGGGGAAUACAGCUAGUGGAUUAGUUGUUCCUUAUGGGGGAGAUAAGGAACCCGAGCACUUUGUAGUGAUUAGUGAUGGUGGUGGUAUUGUGCCAAAUGGAAAUGGUGUAGAGGAAUUAGGUGGUUAUGCUAGGGUCAAUCUGGAAAUCCUAGAGUUUCAGGAUACACUAGUGCCAGAUCCGCAAAAGGAAAUGGUUGUGACCCCUACUUCUCCACAUUCAGCAAUGGCUCAGGUUAACACCUGUGCUGUUGCUAAACAAAUUAAAGUUUCGGAUACACUACGGAGAGUAACAUUCAAUGUUCCUAAAACAUGUAAUGGUUAUUUUGAUGUUGAUAGAAUUUUAAUUUAUAAGGUAAAAGGAAAUUGCAGGGUGAUGGGUCCAAAUCUGCUAGAGACCGUGCCAUUGCAGAAUAUUAUACAUUUAAAAAACUGUGCCUGGAGUCAAAAUUAG